AUGUGUUUUUCAGAUCCACGUGUAGCAUUACUGACACUUUCUUGAAAAAGUCUUUGCAUCCUGGACACAAAGUUUUCUACCUAGGAAGAAAGAAAUGGUUUUGAAUUUUAUUAAGGAGACAAUUUUUCUCUUAAUGACUACAGUUGGUACUUUGGGGAAUAUUGCUGUUUCUGUGAAUUAUAUGUGCAGCUGGUGGGGAGGCCCUGAGAAGAAAAACAUACACCUUAUUCUCAUCCACUUGGCCUUGGCAAACAUCAUAAUCCUUCUUGCAAAAGGAUUGCCAAAGACAAUAGCAGCUUUUGGUUUGAGAAGCUUCCUAGAUGACAUUGGAUGUAAGAUCAUUGUUUACUUGGAGAGGGUGGCCCGUGGGGUCUCCAUCUGCACCAGCAGUCUCCUCACUGUGGUCCAGGCCAUCAUCAUCAGUCCCAGAGCAUCUGGGUGGAGGAGGCUCAGACCACAGUCUGCAUGGCACAUCCUUCCAUUCUUUUCAUUCUUUUGGAUACUCAGUGCUUUAAUAAGUAUGAACCUAAUCCAAUCCAUCACAAGUACAAGCCUGAAUAUAUCACAGUUUAAGAAUGGUGACAGCUAUUGUUACUUAAUGCUAGAAAGUCAGAAAAUAAAGUGGAUUGUUCUCCCUCUCAUGGUCCUGAGAGAUGCUGUGUUUCAGGGAGCCAUGGGAGGCGCCAGUGGCUACAUGGUACUUCUUCUCCACAAGCACCACCAGCAUGUCCUCCACCUCCAGAACUCCAAGCUUCUCUACAGAACUCCCCCUGAGCUGAGAGCUGCUCAGAGUGUCCUCCUUCUGAUGCUCUGUUUUGUUUUCUUCUAUUGGGCUGACUGUGCUUUUUCUCUAUUUUUAAGUCUCUCUUUAGUGAACAAUUCCUUGACGGUAAAUAUUCACAAACUUAUAACCCUUGGUUAUGCAACUGUUAGCCCCAUUGUGUUGAUUCACAGGGACAGACUUCUGGCUGAGUGCUGGCAUGCUCAUUGGGAGCAUUCAAGAAACUAUUUCUCCCAUUUUUCUGUGCAAUGA